ACUAUAAAAAGGCCUCCCCUAUCGAUCCAAAGUCGCACAUAAGACCAUAGAAUAACUAGGAAUUAUUAGUGUUCCCCCUUUCUUCUUCUUCUUUCUUCCUAGCUAGAAUCCAUGGCUUCAUCAAUGGAGGACAACCAUUCCAACUCCUCACAGUCCUUAUGGCGGCUUAGUCUCUUCUACCCUUAUCUUGAAAGCGUCAUAGCGGAUGUGCAGUCCAGCGUCCUAGUAGACCCUGUCUACAUAUGCGUAGAGUGCAGCGAGGUGCACAGAAACCAGCAGACCAUGGCUGCACAUUGCAGGUCUCACAUCCGUUCAGAUGGCAUGGAGAAGGGCACUGUCAGGCACAUCAAGUACAACCCUGACCAUACCUUCUCCCUGCUGUGCCAUCAAUCGUCGAACAAGAUCUACUACCAGGUGACAGUCCCAAAUUAUCCCAAUAACCCUAACUCUUCUGAGAUAGGAGUAGUUUGGGCGUCAGAUAUACUGAAGAAAUGCGUAGAUCUUGGCUAUCUUCAGCACCCAGCAUCAGUCAAUGCCAGUAGCGCUGUUUUUGUUCCAGCUGCUACACCAACAGCGCUUGAUCUGACACUUAGGUUGGGUCCUAGAUCUACUGCUGGUAGCACGAAUCGGCAGAUCGUAGAAGCCCUUUUUGCUGGGUCUGGAGGUUCAGCGUGACUGCUGCGAAGAUCGGCGAUGAGCGCAAAUGAAUGGAGGAGUUAAUUAAAUGCAUGGUUGGAUCUGCCAUUGGAUUAGUUGGAGGCUGAGAUAAGAGAUUCAGAACUGAUAAUUUAGGUUCUGAUGAGCUGAGUGCGUGCGUCUAUGUUUUUUUUUCCCCAUUAGUUAUUUGUUAGCAACGUUUCUAGUUCAGUUUUGAAUGUGGUAAAAGUUCGAAGUAUCAAUCAUCUGUAUCUCUGUGCUCGAUCUGAAAGGGAAAAAAAUAUCAGUUGCUUCAAUGUUAAUCAUUCAAGUGCAUCAGUGAUCUAUAAAUUAAUUUAAUUUGGUCCA